AUGGCAUUCUCAUCAACAGCAAGGCUUUUCUUACUGGCACAGCUACCGUUCUUGGUAGAUUGCCACCUCAAACUCAGCAGCCCAGUCCCAUAUUCCAAGGACACAAUCCAACUUGGUCCUCUGAGGAACGUCGCUCCCGGAUCAGAACAGUCAGACUUUCCUUGUCAGUCGCAACGAGAUGGCGGCGCCGAUCCAUGGAUCGUCGACCAAGAGAACGAGCUUGUCGCAGGAGAACCUCAAACCAUGACAUUUGACGGAUCAGCAUCCCAUGGUGGAGGUACCUGCCAGCUCAGCGUGACUCUGGACAGACAACCUACUGCCAACAGCACUUUCAAGACAAUCGCUAGCUGGAUUGGAGGCUUGCCCAAUGGCAAAGCCACUCUAGCAUGGAGCUGGGUGUCCAAGUUGUCUGGUCAGCCAGAAUACUACAUGAACUGCGCACCAAUCACCGUCUCUGGUGGCUCUGAUGACACAAAGGAGUUCGACCAACUCGAAGACUUAUUCAGAGUCAAUCUGCCCAGUUCAGAAUGUGGCAGUCAACUCAGCAGCGAUCUCGAAAUCCCCAAUCCUGGCAGGUAUGUCACUACCAUCGACACACGAGCCCUUGCACCACCUACAGGAAGUGGCUGCGCUGCCUUGGGUCAAGUAUCAGCCACUGAAACCGCCACUGCUGCACCAUCAAGCUCAAGCGCAGAGAGCACUACAAUCACCUCUGCCCUCCCGACUCACACGCCCGAGCCCUCAGCAGUCAACACAACUGCUGCUGCUGCUGCUGCUGCUUCUUCAACAGCAGCUUCAGCAUCAAUCUCUUCUUCCCCUCCAAGCAUGCCCAGCACCGCCCCAGCUCCCUACAGCAACAACACAUCCUGCAGCACAAACGGCGCCCUCGUCUGUAACGGAUCCAGCCAAUUCGGCCUCUGCAACUUCGGUCAAGUCGUCUGGCAACCAGUAGCUCCCGGUACAGCUUGCGAAGAUGGACAAAUUAUCGGCGACAGCAACCCCAAUUCUCCUGCCUGCAGUCCAGAUGGCUCGCUCGUCUGCAACGGCACAGAUGAAUUCGGCCUCUGCAACUUUGGCCAUGUGGUGUUUCAGCCUGUUGCCCCUGGUACAACAUGUAGUGACGGACAGAUCAUGAGGAAGAGACAUUUGGGCAUUCAUAGACGUAGAAGUAUGAAUCAUGGUCAUCACGGUAGAUUGUGA